GCCAGCUGCACGGCGGAUCACUUUGCACCUUGGGCGCCGGAGGCUGCCAAGAGCUUGGUGACCUUGGCACGGGACGCCCAGUCGGAGGAAGACGACGGUCUCGGCGGGAGACGACUGGGUGGGAAAGGGGGGGGCAUCGAAGUCGAAGAUGGUGCCAAUCCCGGGAG